AUGUCUCAAACAGUUCGUGCGCUGCCGGUUUCGAUUCUCGACAUUAAACAGAAAGCGGCCUCGGACAACACACAACGGCAGGCCAUGCGUAACGUCCAAAGCAAAUGGUCAAACCGUUCCCCCACCGGAGAUCUUCAGCAGUUGUUCCGGCGACGCGAUUCCCUUUGCGUUAUAGACGGCUGCUUGAUGUUCGGAGAACGCGUUGCGGUGCCCAAAUCACUGCGCUUGCGGGUUCUUUGUCAAUUUCUUACUGGCCAUCCCGGCAUCGGUCGCAUGAAGUCUAUCGCCCGCAGCUACGCCUACUUGCCAAAUAUGGAUCAGCAAAUCGCAGACCUGAUCAAGAGUUGCCGCCAGUGUCAGCAGGCCGCCAAGAACCCUCCCAAGGUUCCUUCAGUCCCUUGGCCACAGCCACAAAAAACCCUGGUCACGGAUCCAUAUCAACUUUGCGGGACCGAUCAACGGAGUCUCCUACCUUGUGCUACCGCCAUGGGAUUCCGGAAGCUACAGCCUCCGACAAUGGUUCACAGUUCACAUCGCAUCAAUUCAGCGAAUUCUGCCGACAACAUGCUAUUACCACAUGCGUUCCCAACCCUAUCAUCUACAGUCAAAUUGAGAGGCAGAAAGGUUUGUAGACCCAUUGAAGUGAGCUCUGUUAAAAUCCCGUGGCGAAGGAACUACAUCCGUCAACAGCCUUCAGCAUUUCCUGCUCUUCCAAAUCGACAGUCGACAUCGGAGGCACUUAUGGGUCGCGAAUCGCGGACAACAAACUCCGCUAUGAUUCCGGUACAAGGCAAUCACCUGGAGCCUCCAAGUACGAAAUCUACCACGCCGUUUGAGAUUGGAACAGCCGUGGAUCGAGGGGACGAUUGCACGCGAGCACGGAAAAGUCAUGUUCGACGUGGCCGUGGACAACAAUACGUGGUCAAGGCAUCGCAACCAGCUCCGGUGGAGAAAAUGAUCUACGACAUCGAAUCGCCAAACCAACGUCCCACAGGAUGCGCUGUUCGGCACUUUCCAGCCGCCAACACCAAACGCAACGCAAGUGAAAGUGGACAGAGGUCAGUUAGCAGCAGGCCGAUCAUCACACCCAAGACGGAGCAGUCGGAAACGACAGCAUCCAACACUGCUCCAAGUCAACCCAAAGUCAAGGGGAAGAGGUGUUGGUGA